AUGGCUACAGAAACGACAGUGGAAAGAAGGCAGGGUCCAGCGCUUAUAGGACGGCUCUACGUAAAAGGUGUAUUCACGGGAUACAAGCGUUCGCAUCGUAAUCAGAGAGAGCAUACUGCAUUAAUUAAGCUUGACGGUGUCUACAACAAGUCUGAUGCUCAAUGGUAUGUUGGGAAAAGGGCUCUCUAUUUGUAUAAAGGCCAUAACAAAUGUAAAAUCCCUGGAAGGAAACCGUCCCGUAUCAGGGCCAUCUGGGGCAGGAUAACUCGAGUUCAUGGUAAUAGUGGCGUUGUUAGGGCGAAGUUUCACCAUAAUCUUCCUCCAAAAGCAAUGGGGAAUCGUAUUCGUGUGAUGUUAUAUCCGUCGAAUAUUUGA